CGAACCCAACAAGAUCGGUUGAUUUACUAAAAAAACAGAGAGAGUCGAGGGACGCCGCCAUGCCAGAUUGCCAGCGCGCGAGGAGUCCUCGUCGGCAGUCGGCACGUCGCCAUGCGCUCUGCCUCUCCUCCUCAUCCGUCCGAUCGUCGGCGGCGAGAGCCUGCUGGCCGAGUCGACUUCGCAUCUGGAACGUAGAAGGAGCUUUGCGCAGGAGGAGGAGGAUAAGGCACCGGACUGCGGCUGCGUUGUCUUGCAAUUUGGCGAGGGGCCGGGCGAUGGCAGGGGAAGAGGAGGCACCCUUCUUUCGCAUUGGGGAUGACGUAUUGCAGGGCGAGGAGGAUGCGGGGGAGUCGCUCAAGUUUGAGGCGACGAGGGAGAUGGAAGAGGAAGAAGAUUCCUAUUCCUUCAUUGUUAUGCUGGAUGGUGAGGUAUGGCGGAGCAAGGCGCCGCGGUCGCCGAGGAGGACGGAAGCGGAGGAAGAAGCGGGCGCGACGAGGAUGGAGGAGCACGAGACACCAGAGCUUGAGGUGAUGGGGCCGGAGGAUGACGAGCCGCACUGGAUGUCUGUUAGCAAGUUUCGCCGUUACCGGAACAAACGAUGGUCUGGCCACUACGGUUCUUUCGAGGACACCACCAGGAUCCCACCCAUGCGUUUCACAGAGAAGCCUUUGGAGAAGGUUAAUGCCCGCAGGGAUACUCUAAAGAUCUUCUCAGUGAAGCUUGCUACAACAAGAGGGAACUUGCAGCUGCCAUUUUAUGUGUUCGGUAUGGUUGCCAUUCGCGACUCGCAGUAUUAUCUUCCAGCGCGAAAGAGAUGACUGCCAAACCCUUACCGAAAAGGAUCCAUAUUUGGUACUGGCAGGUCCUACCCGUGCUGUUAUGUUUGCAUUGAAUCCUGCGAUCAUCGAGGUUGACCUUAAAGUAAAGGGCACAACUGAGUCCAAGGAUGUAUACUUGAGCUUCCUAGUUGCGCCAUUAAGAUGCUAUAGCACGAUAUUUUCACACCUGUUUAACCGUGCUUACACUAGCAAGCUUAGCACACUGGAGUUUAGUCUUGGCCAAAUUGCUUUCUCUGUGGAGGCCACAUUAUUUGUGCGAGGCGUUCAUGGGUCAUGGCCAGAUGGUUUGCAUGGUCUAUUCGCCGCCUUUACUACCGGUUUUACUGACAAAUGUCCCUUUCGUGUCGGUGACAAAUACUCCACUGGUACCAGUGACGAGAGAAUCAUCUUGCUUGAUUCUGGAGGUGAGAAACUGCCUGUAGCUGGUGAUGGCAAGAUCAAGCUUUCAAUAAGAUAAGUUUUCACGCAUCGGAAGCCGGCAAAAGCAUCGGUGAGAUUGACAUUAGCUUCUGUAAAAUGGAAGUCACUGUUGUCUGGUCGCUCUUUUCAUGUUAUCCUUAGUUAGGGGAAAGUUGACAGUUGGGAAGGCGAUCGCAGUGCUAUGUAAAGAUUAAUUGGUUUCCACACCUUGGGAAACCAACGGUACCAAUGCAUCACACUAAUGUUGAUGCAGGCUUUUGUGUUACACAAAAGUAUAAUUUGACCGUACGUGCAUAUUCAAACCUAGGUUACGACGCUAAACGGGUCCGUGCAAGUUCGCGGACUGUCGAAGCAAACAUCCUUAGUGAAGUAAUUUCUGCUAUUUGAUUCUACAUGUACAAUUGUACACUGAGAUCAAGGUACACUAGAUUAUUUUGCCUCAGUAAUUGUGAACAUUCCAACACAAGAAAGAAAGUUUCUAUUCUCUGAUUGUACAUGUAAAGUGAGAUCAAGUGACACUAGAUUAUCCUUACUAGUAAGAUAGAUGUUAAACUGAACUUACAGCUGAAAGGGAGGACAACAGGGAACAAAAUGGUAUCUUCAAUAUUGUUUGCUCUGCUUUUCCAAAAAAAAAGAGUGGAACCCUUGAUCAGACUAAUUCCAUAAGAAAUGGAUCCCCUGAAGCCAUUACUCUGAUUAGCUUUACCAAUUCCAUCUCAUUCCGAACCUUCAAUGGGUACACUGCAUGCGCUUCAGCAGAAUAAGUUGAUGCGGAAGUCGUAUUUGAUGGCAGAUCUGCCCUAUAAACAAGUUUUGUCAGAGCUUUGGAUUCAGAGUUGCUUGGUGAAUCCAUUGCAGGGAGUAACAUGGGGACUGCAAAACUGUGAUGAAUAUCAAAGCUUCCUGUAGCUUUAACAAGAUAUGAGAAGUCACCGAUAUGCCGUUGAGGUAUGUAAAAUAUAUCUCCCUGCUGCAAUGAAUCAUCUUAUUUUCACCUACACUUCUUCUGUAAUUGCUUUGAUAAUGAGGUGGGAAAUUGUUGACUGCCUUUUUAACCAUAUCUCCUUGGUUCACAAACCACUCAAUUUUGUUACCUUGUAGAGGCACAUCCGACCAUGAUUCCUUCUCCUAGGGAGAGACUAAUUUGAUCAGAUCAAAAACUUCAGAAGUUCUUUAUUUCAUAUAUAUGGUUUCAGAAACCAUGACAUGGAUAUGCACCUGGUUGGUUAUCCAGAGCUUAGCCUUAUCGGCAUUCAAGAGGUUCAAGUAAUUGAGGACUUCAUGAUCAUGAAGGAACAAAAAACCUUGAGCACCUGCAAACCCAUCAAACACCUUCGGCAGGUACCUGCAAGGCUGCAAUGCAAAAUUAUCAGUACACACUUACAAAUACCAAGGGAAUGAAGCCUCACUUGAUGCAGAUUUUAUCAGGAUAAGAAAUGAAGCUAUUUUCACUCACUUGUAGUCUUGUGCCAAGUUGCUGAAUUCUACAGCAAGGUCAGAAUGUUUUGCUCUGAAACUGAAAGAAUAACAACUGCCCGAAAUAUCCGGCCGUAAAGCAGCCUCCACUCAGUACAGAUCGGUCCACCGGU